AUGCCCCGUCACAAAGGCCCCGACCGCAAGGAUUCUUCCUCGGCAUGGACCUCUCACUCUUCUCGAUCAAACUCAACAAGAGAUCAUGAGGAUGACAGAGAAAGCGACAGAGACCGACGUCAAACAGACCACGACCAUUUCCCAGACCCUGACCCGCCCCACUGCCUCCGAGGCGAAACCUGUCACUCCAACCCCCUUAACUUCACUGUAUUCUUCGACAAAGACCAGAACCUUCACGUCGCGUCCCACCUUCAGUACCUCUACGACCCCUCAAGAUAUCCCCACCUAAUCCGUUACAAUCCCAACCGGCCCCUGCCUAACCUUCUCCUCCGCCUCGGGGGGACCCCUCUCCUCGUCCUCGCCGACCUCCUGCAAUACCCCCCGCCCAUCUCUCCCACUGUCUGCCCCGCGUCGGACUGGCUGCGCGCCCAAGCCUGGUUUUUGGAUGAUGACCGAAACCCCCGUCGACACCCGGUCUUCGAGCACCCGUUCUUGACGAUGGAGAGCCUGAGCACGAUCCACGAGGACUUUAUGGUGUUGUUUUCCAGAGAUAUCCCGCCGUGGAUUAUGAGGAAGAUGGAUAACGAGCGGCCGUAUUGUGAGCUGGGGGGACAUAAUCAGCUGAAUCAUUAUCUGUUGGGUUGGUGUUGGUUUUGGUUGCAGAUGGAAGUGAGUCAGAGGGUGGAUCGGAUUAGGGCGUUUUUGUUGGAGGAGGAUUAUGAAAAGUUGAGGGGGAAGGAGGGGAUGGAUCGGGAACGGGAGCGGAUCCGAAGGGAGAGGGAAGAGAAAGAGGAUGAUGAGAAUCCGUUCAAGAAGUUCGGAGUGAACAAGGAGCAGGCGAUCAGGGAAGCCAGGGACUUUGUGGAGCGCAUGUCGGGUAUUGGGGCUUUGUGGUUCCCGGACUCGGAAAAGAAGGGGAAGUUUGAAAAGUACUUUGGGGAUGAUAUACCCUCCAAGCGGAAGCUUUCCGGGGAGGGGAAUACCAGGGAAUAUUGCGUUGCUUGCAAUUUGUCAGUUGUGGCGGGCAGCGGGGAGGAGGUGUUGGUGGCGUUGUUGGCGAACAUGAUUUCGAGAGCGCCAUGCAAGAACGAAAGGGAUGUGGCGGAAGAGAAUGGGGGACUUCCAAAGUUAUAUCCACUGGUUGACGCGUGGAUUGAGAACCUGGGUGUGGAAAGGGCCAAGGUGGUCAAGGAAAAGGCGAAGAAGCUGGCCUUGACGCUGUUUACCAUUCGGAAAUAUCUGAGGUGGAAAGGCGCACCUCAAGGGCGCGACAAGUGGUUGUAUACGGAUGUCGGGACCGAUCCGUACCAUCCUCAUGACAUGAAUUUGACGCCGAGUCCAACUAUAAGGAUGAUGAAAGAGGAAAAGGCUGUAAAGAAGGAGUGGGAGUGUUUCUGUAAGGGUGAAGACCCUCUUGACGAGGAGAAGAAGCCUUCUUCGUCUUUAUCCCGAACCAGAAUCCGAGAAUCCUACUCCUCCAAACACACCGUCCCCCUCUCCUUCUACAACCUAACCAACAGCCAAGUCUCACCGGCACCCACACCCAGCCGACUAUUUCGUCAUUACAUUAAAUAUGGUUCCCACGACUACGAGAUCACUGCCGCUCCAAUCGCCGUCCAAGGCACAGUCACAGUCCCAGGCACAAGCACCGCUCUCGUCCGAACCCGUGACUACCCCUCGGAAGAAUGGGAUUCCUACUCGAACUCGGAGAGCGAGUUUGACGACGCUACCACGCUUACUUGCAAUAGUUUUACCACUAUCCGCACUGGCACUGAUCGGAGAGUAACCAACUUCAGCAACGGCGAUGACGACGAUGACAACGGAAUCACGUCCGUCACGACAUGGAGUCAUCUAAGUGCUGUGCCUGAGGCUUUGAAUUUCGGAGGUCCAAGUAAAUCUCAAAGAGAAGAAAGGGAAGCCCAGACUCAGAGCGAGAGGGAGCGCUAUCGCGAGGAGCGUGAGAGGUACAGACAUGAGGGAGAGAGUCUGGUGAGUCAGGCUCACGACUCACAUUCUUCCUCUUCUGCACAGCAUUUGCGCUCGGUUACAGAUACUAGAGACUGGGCCGCCAAUGGUGGUGAUCGUGAUCGUGAUCGUGACCGCCAGCUCGUUGACCGCGAGCGUUAUCGUCACGGCGGCAACUCUUCCUCAUCCACAUCUUCUCGCAGAGGGCAUCAUAGCCACAGAAGAGAACGAGACAAGGAUGAUGAGGAGCCAACCCGAAUUGCUCUGAAACUUUUGAGUAUCAAAGAUCAUCUGCAUCUGGCAAGAAAGAAACGCGGAAGUGGUUGGGAAAGAUUAGAAGAAUAA